AUGCGAUUCUCAAUGCCAACAGCCGUAGAGCGUGUGCCCGAGACAUCGGCCGCUAAUGGCGACCAGGAACAGGAAGUAGAGGAAGCGCUACUGCGAUUGGCAGCACGUAUGAAACAAAAUGUUGCCACGGGCGAUCGUCGUCGUCAUUUGUUUAAGAAAUAUCGGGAUUGUUUUACGGGAAUGGAAGCCGUGGACUGGAUGCUUGAGCAAAUGGAAGCCAAGAGUGUAGCAGAAGCUGUACGGAAAGGUCAAGGUCUGUUGUCUCAUCAUUAUAUUGAAAAGGUGGAGAAGGAGAUCAAGUUUGAGUACAAUAAGAAGAAAUUUUAUCGAUUUACGGCCACGACGCCGGAAUUUGUACAAGCUGUUGAGCGUCCAUUGCCCAGUGCUACGCUCGACUUGCCAUUGAGUGCUGCGGCACGACGACGGGCCCUUGCGGCGUUGAUUGGUGGCUUUGUGGCCGAUGCAGCUUCCACUUCCCUCAAUGGCGUCUCUCAUCCAGAGAAGACGAUUCCUAAUCUCUUGCGUCUGGACUUUGAUCCAGCCUUUUGUGGUCUCUAUGGCACAAACGACGGCAAUGACAAGAAAGGGGGACGAGCAAGAAUGGAGUCGUCCACGGGCUUUGAAGCUCGCAUUUUACUGCAAUGCAUUGCACGACGAGGGCACAUUCAUGGCUCACAGUUGGCCAAAGAUGCGUAUUGGGGAUUUAAGAACGACCAUCGACUGCUCAGUGCGUCGUCGAGAUCGUUCAUCAAGCGGGUACAUUCUGGCAAGGGAUGGCCGCACUGUGCCGUCAAGUGCCGCUCGAUUGACGUCCUGUCGUUGAUCCCGAUUGUGGUGGCGCUCUAUGCUGGUACCAAUCAGUUGUUUACUAAAGUGGAUGAGCUCGUGAAGGUGUUUUACGUUGGCACCCGCGUCCGUGAUGCAGCACUGGUGGCCGCUUUUGUUCUGGAGCAGGUGAUUCUUGGAGCUUCUGUUUUACAGGCGAUGCGUAUGAGCAUCCGCACGGAACGACUCAGUGUCAAGCAGCGAAAGGUCAUUUUCAAGGCCUUCACAAAGUCACAGCUACCGAGUUACGAAGCUAUUCAGAAGUUUGGCAAUCGAGGUUCGCUGCCUGGUGGCUUUCACGCGGUGCUGCAGCCGCUUUUUGUGUUGAAUGACUACCCCACUGCUGUCCGCGAGAACAUAAUUGGAGGCGGGCGUACUUGUCGCCGUGCCAUGUUUAUUGGUGCUUGCUUUGCUGCCCAGGACGGCCUGGACGUCAUCCCAGAAGAGUGGAUUCAGAAGACACAGUAUUUUGAUUUCAUCGAAGCGGAUGCCAGCAGUCUUGUGAGGCGCCGUGAGGCGCAAGGUUCUUUUACCGAUGACGAUGAGGAAGACCGUCUUUCCGCCUACGUAGAUUACGGUCCAAGGUCAUCGAUGUCUUCGUCCCGUCACAUUGAGUGUGUGGAGUCAUCUCACCGUAACAGUAACCCUCUUGUCGCGUCAUCCUUAAACAUUAACGGUGAAGCGCAAGACAUUGCGUCUGAAAUGCCGCCUGAGGGAAUAUCAUCAAUGUCACGUCGCUCCUCCGGUCCUAUCCGUCUUCGCUCGAACAGCUACGCGUCCUCGGGUGGUCUUUCAUCGCCGCGCUCGAUUGCAUCUAACUUUUCGUACGCAUCGCAGACCACUACGGCCUCGAGCGUGCGCUCCGUCAUCGAUCUUGGAGAUAUGGACAAGUUUUACCAGAGUGGUGUGGGCAAUGCCCUUCACACAUCAUCUACUCCGCGCUCGAGCGGCGGUACCGAUGGGCGCUUGAGUUUUGAGAUGCAAAAAUUCUUCCAGGCCUAUGGUGCAGCUGCUGCUCGCGGGCCUCGGAGUUCUUACGAAAAAAACGGCUCGUACGGCAGCGGGUCCUCAACCGUGCGCUCUAGUGAUCUGAAUCAAUUGCGUCCAAGCGACAUGGCUACGUAUCAUCGCCGGAGCUCUGCGUCUGCACGCCGGAGUGAUCACCGUAACGACAUGCGUCACAGUUACGUCGCGAGCUCGCGUCGCAGUGACACCAACCUCAUGUACCAACCCCGAUACUCCGGCAAAGUGUCUCGUAUCAGCGACCCCAACGCUUUCUAUCGCCGGUCAUCGUCCACACCUGCGUACGCGCCCGAGACUGAGCGAUCUGAAGACGUCGUACUGGCUCAUCGCGUAUCACUUGAUGACGACCAGCGCGUGAGUCUACACGCUAUCCUCUAG